AUGUCUCACUGCUCUUUGAAUCGACACAAGAACACACAUCGAAAGCGGUGCAUCGAGAGUCGCAUUUUUGCGUGUCGCUUCUGCACACGCCAGUUCCUCCACUCCAGUCAACUGGCCGAGCACGAGCUGCAGGUGCACAACUUCGAGUCGGCCAGCCUCCUGGACGGAGUCGACGAGUCGACUUCGCGACACGUCCUGCUGCCACCGCCGCCUCCGGGCCCGCCGGUCCCUCCAUCGUCCAAGAACGGACCGUCUGGCCUCGUGCCCGGCCGGCUGCAUUCAGGCACAAAACGGCCCUACCGUCGCGACAGUACCGCCGCCGGCGGCCUCCUGCCCCUCUCCUUCGCCCCCGAGGCCGCCGUAGCCCCGGCGUCGAGCCCGAACCCAAGCCCGACUGGCGCCUCGGCGUCACGGCAACGUCACGCCGGACACGCAACCAAGUCGACCAGCCACAUGUCCUUCGCCCACUCGCCCAUUUUGUCCGGAUCCGGAGCGUCCGUCUCCGUCCUGCAGACGGCCGCUUCACUCGCCCCAGCGCACCACCUCCAAUCGCCGGAACUGCUUCUCCACUCGCCGCAUGCAUCUGCCCAUCUCGGCCUGGGCUCGAGUCCCGCCAUCGGCCUCGUCUCCGACUGCCUUGCUGCCGCCGCCGCAGCUGCCGCUGCCGCCGCCGCCUCGGGCCCUGUCAGUCUGGCUCACUUGACGCAGUCGCAGCCUCACCUCGCCUCCUUCUCACCGGCUCCUCGAUCCGGCCUGGCCGGACUCAAACCCGCCGACCUUUCGGCGCUCCAAAUGGCCACGUCGACCACGACGCCGGCCUCCGCUACCGUCCCCAUCCACUCGGUCACUCCAUCGUCCGUCGCAUCUUUCCCCUCCUUUCCCUCGUUCCCCUCUUUUCCCACUUUUCCCUCUUUCCCCACAUUCCCCGCUUUCCCAUCCUCCUCCUCCUCCUCCACUUCCACCUCCUCCACUUCCUCCGCCUCCACCACCACCGCCUCAUCGGCCGGCUUCGGUCAGGCCGCUCUGGCCGCCGCCGCCGCCGCCGCGGCUGCCGCAUGCUUCCCCACCGCCGGCAUCGACAUCCACCAACUCCACCAACUGCAAAUGCUGCUGGCCGCGGCCACCGCCACCGCCACCGCCAGCGCCAGCGCCAACACGUCAGCCUUCUCGGGCAACGACGACCUCCAACCUCUUUGCCCACCCUCUCCGCCUCAACUCGCACCACCCUCUCCUUCGCCUCCCCUCGGCCCUUCUCUCCAUCUUUCCGCCAACCUACAACCCGCCCACUCCACCAACUUCCAGCACCCUAACCACAUCCACAGCCAGCACAAUCACAAUCACAACAACAGCAACAACAACAACCACUCCACGGGCUCGUUGCCUCUUUCUCUGCAACUGCCUCUCCCUCUCAGUCUGACCGCCUCCUCCAGCCUCGGCAGCUGUGGCCAUGGCAACAAUAGGAGUUCUGCUAAUCCCGAUUGGCGAGUUGGCAAGUCCACGACUGGGCCCAGUCAGGCGGAUGAUGCACAUUCGACUGGCCUGGCCGGGGCCCAGGCGGAUGCUGGGUUCGAAGAGGACGUCGGCUGCGACCAACAGCCUCUGAGGACGGCAGCUUCGCAAGCCUCGUCUCCAUCGUCAUCUUCUUCGUCCUCCUCCUCGUCCGCUGCCUCUGCGUCGUCGUCCAGUUCGUCGUCGCUGUCCUCCUUUCAAGCCCUCUCCUGUCUGUCGGCCGGAUUUCCCCAGGCUCUGUUGCUCGGUCAGCUGAACCAGGACUCGCAGACAGGGUCAUCGCUGUGCCAGGGGAAGAGUGAAUCGUCUGGAAGACGAACCCCGGCGCCAGUCUCUCUCGACCGGCCCGUUGAGCAGUGCUUCUUCCUCUGUGAUUUUUGCGGUCUCCGACUGGCCAGACAGGCUGACUACGACAGCCAUUUGAGUCAGCACUACGUCCAGCAGAUGUGUAAGCCCUCUUCAGUCAGUCUGUAG